UAAAAGGUAUGCAUAACAGGUGUGUAAAGAGGCAGGUAGAGGGAGUUAUGUAACCAGCUCCACUACAUAUAAAUGGCAACUUUCUACCAAAUGCAUUCUAAUCUCUACAUUACAACAGAGACGUAGCUCUACUAUUGACUGCAUCUGUACUAAACAGUAUUAAGAGGACGGAACAUUACAUUCUAGCAGGCAGAACAGGCAGAGAACGGAAGGGGAGUGGGAGAGGACUGUGAAGAACUAGAGAAAGGAGAAGAGGAAAGGAGAGACGGGAAAAGGAAAGAGGAGAGGGGGAGAGAAAGCGGGGCAUAAGGGGAUGAAGGAAGUGGGGGAUACAGGAAGGGAAAGUGGAGAUCCAGAUGAAGGGAGAGAGGGUCGGAGAGGGGGUUUGCCCAAUCUCCCGUGUAUCCUCUUGACAAAUGCACAUUCCAUUGGAAACAAGCUAGAGGACCUGAGAAACCGGAUUAGAAAUGAUGAAGAGUUCCAGAGGUGUGACCUUAUUUUCAUCACAGAGACCUGGGUAAAAAAGGAGCAUAUAGAAAAUAAUAAAGCCGUCAUUAAUGUGGAAGGUUACGAGGAGAAGCAUUUUCCUCGUGAUACAGACAGGACAAAAAAGAAAAAGGGAGGAGGUCUAGGUGUUUUAAUAAAAAAUGGUGGCGAAUUGACGAAGAGAGAUGAGAAACAAACCCCAUGCUAUCAAUUAGUCGCCUUUUCAUAUGAAGCAAGAAACCAACCUCCACUCUACUUCAUUCUGGUGUACAUUCAAAAAGAAGGAAAAAACAAAAAAAAUGGGAAUUGGGAAAUCACAAAACAGGGGAUAGAACAAAGCUACCGCAAAGGUCUAAACAAUGGGGGCCCUGUCUUCAUUCUGGGUGAUUUCAACUGGUAUAAGGGGUUUGACAAUAAUGACACAUUUCAUCAGUAUGUGACCUGCCGCACUAGAAAAAACAACAACUGGAAUGGAAGAACAGAAUACACAACCCUGGACAAGUGCUAUGGCAAUGUCCCAGAGGCCUACAGUUCCCAGUGCAGACCCCCGCUUCGUUCCAGGAAAACAGAGUCGGACCACUGUAUCACUUUGUUGACCCCAGAACAUACAACCUGCACACACGAUAAAUGGUGGUUGACAUCGAGGAGGAAUUUGACGUCGAGUCAAGUUUUAGUGAAAGCAGUGACGACGAGAACAUCCCUCCUCCUCCUUCUGCCGCUGCUGCGUCUGGUCCGAGUAUUGUAGAGGUGACCAUUCUGAAGCCCAACCACCAUCUCUGCCGGUGGAGUGGAAAACAGAGAAGGAUAUUGACAUCGCUCCACCACCUCUGAGGUUCAGGCCACUGAAAACCCCGGGCAUACAGGUGGACACCACUCUUCAACACACCCCUUCAGACCUCUUCAACCUUUUUUUUCCCCCCAGCUGUGGUUUGCGAGGUUUGCAUCAACACCAACAGGUAUGCUGCUGUGAAUGCAGUUGGUAGGAGCUAUGUGUGGGAGGAAGUGGACGUCCAGGAGUUUUACCAUUUCUUGGGGCUGCUGCAGUUCACUGCUCUGGUAAAACUUCCCAGUUUGGAAGACUACUGGUCAACCGAUCCUGUGCUCACUGUGCUGAGUCUCACAUUCCCAAGAUCCGUGAUGCCUAGGCUAUUUGUUCUAGUAUCAGUAGCUGUUAGUUCACAUUACAGUUUGUAUUGUGAUUAGUAUUUUUUAUUUAUCUUUUCAAUCUGUAAAUAACCUUGCACUUAGCUGUCACACACCCUAACACAUAUCAUACCUCAUGGUUUACUUAUCACUCAUUCUAAACACGCCUAUAGUAGAUUGCUGUUAUAUGACUACAUUUGCUUGUUUCUGAAGAUUAUAUUGUACAUUUCAGUGAUAUUUGGUCAAAUAAAUGUUUAUUUAUCUUUUCAAUCUGUAAAUAACCUUGAAUUUAUGUGUUAGGGUGUGUCACAGCCAUCAUACCUCAUGGGUUACUUAUCACUCAUUCUAAAAACGCCUAUAAUAUAUUGCUAAUAUAUGACAUUAUCUCCCUCAACAAUGGAAU